AUGGAUGCAACCCUAGUUCAGAUCCUAGAAGCUUGCAAUUUAGCCAAGGCGCUUGAAGCGGAGCUCGCGACGUUACAAAACCAUCCCCACUACCUCUUGAGCUCGUGCGAGAGGGUCGUCGAAGCUUUCCACAAAGCCAUCGAAUCGAUGCGAUCUCUGUAUCCCUCGCCUUUAGCUGCGAGUGCAGGUUUGCUCUACGGAGGAGGCGAAGGGAGCUCCCGCGGCGGAAGCCGAAUGCAAGAAGUGAAUAUUCUCGACACUCGAGCCUUAGAGGGGGCGGAUAAUCCGUUCUUCGGUCGCGGGCCGGAGGAAACUACUGCGCUGGGCCUGCCGCAGCUCGGCCUGGAGAUCCAGAUGCCAGGGGCGAUGGCGCCGGCGGCGGCGGCGACGGCAGAGCUUGCUGGCGCUCCAGGCUACACCGGCGGCCCUCAGACGGAGGUCAGGCCCUUCCGAGGCCGCCGAGCGGAGGCGGAGGGCCCGCCGCGGCAGCCGAGGAUACCUGCAGGGUCUCCCAGGAGGGUACGCGCCGUUAGAACAGGAAACAGCGUUCACCCUCCAGACGAUGGGUACACGUGGCGCAAGUACGGCCAAAAAAAUAUCCUCGGAUCACGAUAUCCGAGGAGCUACUUCAGGUGCACCCAUCGGAACUUCUACGGUUGCGAGGCGAAGAAGCGGGUCCAGCUGCUCGACGACGACCCCUACACGUACGAGGUCACGUACUGCGGCACCCACACCUGCCUCACCUCGACCACGCCCCUCCUCGUGCCCCCCCUACCUCUCCCUACUACCAUCAUCACCACCAUUGCUACCACCACGACUGCUACUGGCCCCACCGUGCCCUUCACUAGCGGUGGGCCCAGCAUGGGCAACCCAGAAGGGCCCACCGCCGCCUCCCUCGCGGAGGCAAUGAUGAUCACGGGCCAGGCGCCACCCCUCUCGACCUCGAUCCAGCUCGGUAGCUGGCUCACACGCGGGCUCGAGGGCGGGAGCUCGCACUCGGGGCCUUCGCAUGCGCAAGGGGGCGGCGGUAGUAGAGACGCGGAGUGGCCCGUGGCGGAUCUCGCGGACGCCAUGUUCAAUUCGGGGAGUAGUGGGAGUAGCAUGGAUGCUAUUUUUCCAUCUACAAGGCAAGAUAAUCAGAAUAAUUAG